AACAGCCCUUCCUUCUUCACCAGGCGGGAUUUCCGCAAUAAUAUCAAGUAUGGCCAAAACGUACGACUAUCUGUUUAAAUUACUGCUUAUCGGGGAUUCUGGUGUCGGGAAAACCUGCGUCCUGUUCAGGUUUUCAGAAGACGCCUUCAACUCAACAUUUAUCUCUACAAUAGGUAUUGAUUUCAAGAUUAGGACAAUAGAGCUUGAUGGCAAGAAGAUCAAGUUACAAAUAUGGGAUACAGCUGGCCAGGAGCGCUUCAGAACAAUCACAACAGCUUACUACAGAGGAGCAAUGGGCAUCAUGCUCGUCUAUGACAUCACAAAUGAGAAGUCCUUUGAAAAUAUCAAGAACUGGAUAAGGAACAUAGAAGAACAUGCAUCAUCAGAUGUCGAGAAGAUGGUCCUUGGCAAUAAAUGUGACAUCAAUGACAAGAGGCAGGUAUCCAAAGAGAGGGGCGAGAAGCUUGGGCUGGAAUAUGGGAUCAAAUUCAUGGAGACCAGUGCAAAGUCCAACAUCAAUGUUGAAAAUGCGUUUUUGACUCUCGCCAGAGACAUCAAAACAAAAAUGGACACAAAAAUGGAAGCCAACACGCCACAGAGCAGCGGUCACGGAGUCAAGAUCUCAGAACCUCAGAAAAAGACCAGCUUCUUCCGCUGCAGCUUGCUCUGAGGACAGAUGGCUUUGUGGCUGCAGGCUGGCAGGACACAAAUAAACUUCCUCGUCCCUUUUCUCUUUGCUUCCCAGCACACGGCCUGUCCUCGCAAUCUGCAAAAAACACUAUUGUCCGUAAGUGGAGGACCUCCUCUCUCUUCCUCUUCUGAACGCUUCCAGGGGUGCACUUCUUCCACGUUUAGGGAAUAACUUGUCUUCACGGGUCAGGGGGCUUAGCUGGCACAGCCGAAAGCAUGAUCCAAAUGUUCCAUUCCACACAACAAAAUGGGCUUUUACCCACGCACUCGCAUUUCUGGUAGCACAGCCAAGCAUAAAAAAGUGUUUUUCAUAGUAUUUUUUGAGCAUAGUUAGAUCUAUUUUUAAUGGCAUUUUCCCCUUUUUGUGUUAAAACUGUCAGCCAGAGACUGAUGAGCUUGAACUCCAGUGAGAUGUGGUUGCACUUAUUUUAAUUAGAGAAACGUGUAACCAAGUUUGAGUCAUUAGGAGAAAAAAAAGUUGCUCAUAUUUCUUUGUGUGUGUGUGUGUGUGUGUGUGUGUGUGUGUGUGUGUGUGUGUGUAGUCCUGGACAAUCAUUACUGUGGCUGAAGAUGUUUCAUCACAUCCUGAUGUCUUAUUGCACAAACUGAAGUGACGCGUGGCAGAAAAAUGACUUGGAAUGUCGUCCGCGUUUUGACUCGAGGUUGGCUUGUUGCUGUUGAUGGUCUCUGAAGUAAUAACUCUUAAAUUGGGGUAAAUUGUGUGGAAGUUUUAAUACUUUUCCCACCUUUUUGGUACCCGUUAGUAGUCAUUUUGGGGAAUAAAACAAUAUAGUAACAAAAGCCAGAAACAUUCAGUUUAAGCGACUGAAACAUUGAUUUAUUUCAUGUUUCAGCUCUCAACAAAAAAAAAGUCAUUAAGGAGUUAAAGUUGCUGGUUGAUGUGGACCAAAAUGUGAAGUUUUUCUAAUGAGUGGUUAGAACGUGUUUGUUAACAAAUUAAAAGAUGAGAAAUCCCAAAAUGUGUCGGUAGAAUAUUUAGAAAUCCUCCAAUAGUGUAUCAGAGUUGUUCUUAUUAUUUAAGCUAAAGUUGGGUUUCAAGGUAGGAUCUGGGUUGCUCUAUGCUAUGUGUACUGUGAAUGAAUAAGACUGAACAGGUGCGGGUGCUUGUUGUGUUGCUUUUCUUUAUUUAGUUUGAUCAGAAUUCCACCAUAAUCUAUCAACUAGAAGCCUGAUCUUCCAUCUUUAAGGAGAAUAUUAACCACUUGUGAUAACCGAUAGUCAAGAUUUUACUUUUAAAAGGACCUCAAGCACAUUUGAUUAAAAAACUGAAAAUGUAAAGAAACCCAGAUUUAAGUAUUUAAAAACCGUUCUGAUGAACUUUUAAGCUAAAUGACGUCUCUGGUUGUCCUACUGUGUAGCUCCCAUCCCACUCCUCUAGCACUUUAACCGUGUCGUCUGCAGAGCGAUGGUGUCACUACGGACAGCGUAUAAAAACAAAAGUUAACCCUUAUCCCUCCUGCCUUGUCCCCAUAAUGUAUCAUUCUGAAGUAUUCGUCACUAACCUUGUAGUUUAUAUAAACAGAUAUAUUUACUGUAUGUAAGUGAAGAAUUUGAACGUCUAAGCUGCAGCCUGACAAACGGCUCUCACGUGAAGUAUUCUAGUUUUACCCUCUUGAGUUUGACGCUAGGUGGCGCUAGAUACACAGUUAGCCUCUUCAGAAUCCAUCCAAACUUAAAACUGAGUCAUAAUUUAAGUUUGAGAACAAAAGCUCAAGUUUAUUUUCUAAAAUGUGCUCUGUAGUCUCGCUCCUUUUCCAUUUUUUUGUCUGAAAACCAGAAUUUUCUAUCCACGGUUUGGAGAGGAUGUUCUGCACCUUUCAGCAGCAGUUUGGGACCUUUAACGUGACCAUUUGUCUUAACCACCAGUUGUCAUAGCUGAGCUAUGCAUUGUGAAUUUUGGACCUGUGUGUAAUUUGUAGUUGAAUAUGUGGAUCUUUGUUACUGUGUGUGUGUGUUUGUGUGCGUGUGCGUGCGUGUGUGUGUGUGGCUCAACUUUAACACAAACAUAAGCAGAUUAUAUUUUGUUUUGAAUGAACUUGUUUGACUUUUUUAAACAUAUCUUUUUCUUAAGAUUCUCAUCACAUGUUACAGUAAACAUACAUUUAUUUUAACAGCCAUCUUUUAAUUCCAUAGCGUGACGUUCAAGGGAGAGUGAGAAAGUGGGGAUUGUAAAUAUCACUUGAAAAAGAAAACAAAUUGGUUAAAGUUUACUUUUUAAACCUAUAUAAAGAAUAUCUACAAGCUGUAGGUGUGUACUUCUGAUUUAUUAAUAAAAAUGGAAAUAAAACUUCA